UUUGAUUCGAUUCACAAUUUGAAAAUAGCGAUAAAGAUGGCGGCAAGACCCGUUAUACAAGCUAUGGCUUCAAUUUUGCCAGAACUUGCUAAAAAUGUAAAUCCGAAUUUAGUAAAGAAUAUAGCUACAGCAGCAGGGACAAUAGCAGCUACAGUGGCCUUAAGUGGAGGGAAAAGCGGCGGAAACAAAUCAGGAAAUGGUAGUGAUGAUGGCGAAGAUGAUGACUUUUUAGACAGGAUAAUGAAGGAAGCACCUUGUAUAUAUAGGUCAGAGGACAACCGCAAGUAUUACCAGUCCAAAGAUGGGAAUAAAUGGUACAGCAAAGACCUUGCUGGACAUGGGGGAUCAAAGGGCAAGGUGUAUAAAAAUAAAGGGCAAACUCUGGAGCUAGAGGGUUCGAUUGACGAGAAAGGAAGAUUAAUUGAUGGGAAACACGAAUCUGGAAAAUUCCAAACUAUUCGUAAAAAAGACCUCAUUCAUGUGAAGGGAAAGGAAAUAUAGACAUUCAAACAAUCACAACAUUGUAAGAACAAAUACUAGGAAAGACUCGUGAAUGGCAUGCUUUUGUACAUUUUAUAUCAUUUAUAUGCUUUAUUCAUAUAUGUUACAGGCAUUUUCUAAAUUUAGGCAUUUUGUAAAAUGCCUGAAUUUUUAAUGAAAAGUUCACAAAUUGCCUGGUAUGUUUCAGGCAAAUUGUGUCAGAUGAAGUACAUGAAAUAGAAUAUAGAAAUAUAUUGUAAAGCUACAAAAAAGUGUUGAGUAAAACAAAGUUAAGAUUAUUCUUUAAAAAUGUAGCCUGCAGGUUAAGUUUUCAUGUUUUACUAGUUUUAAUGUCUAUAAUUAGAAACUCCAUAGAGCAACACCUAUGAGUUUGUACUAACUCUGUUGUUCAUUAAUGAUCUUCUUUUAUUAUGGAAGAAGGGCCUUUUGUUCUUACACCUGAACAAGGAUUUACAAAGCAACUAAUUGAAAAUGUUGAUUCUUAUCAGAAAAGUGUUAUUAGAACAGAGAAAACUAUAAAACUAUUUUGAACAAAUUUAAGAUUGGAAUAAAAGGACAUUCAUCGGGUUAUUAUCAUAUGCAAAACUAGGUGCAUUUCUUCUGUUGAGCUAUAACUUAUUUAAAAGUUUUCAAAACAAGUGUAAAUUCUGUAGACUCCUAGGAGCCAGGAGUCGGUUUUACAAAAAAAAAACCUAUUAAUAAGAUUGGUCAUAAGUAUACUGUAUUGUUCAUGACUUGCGAUCAAAUUUAGUCGUAAUUUUAUGGUGAAACUACUCCUGAAUUGCUCAUCUUGCAAAAUAUUGAAAAUAAAAUAUGAUGCACUCAAGUAAUAUUUUAACAAAUUUAUACAUACUAUAUGUUAAAUGUUACAAAUAUUUGGAAUAAGUCUGUAUCUAAAUUCAAUACGUUUGAAUCAGUCUUUCUGGAUUAGCCUUCAUGAGAAGAAAUGUUAAAUUCAACAAGCCAGCGUUGUAAGAAUACGUGAAUGCGUAAAAAAGUCAUAUGACACGUUAUGAACGAAAUCAAAAGACCAAACCUAUCAAAGAUCAAUUCAGCACCUGAGAUCCCCCUCCAGGUUUUGGUUUGGGUUGUUUUGCUUAGUCUUUAGUUGUCUUUGUUGUGUCAAGUGUGCUAUUAGUUGUCUGUUUGUCUUUUUCAUUUUAAGCCAUGGUGAUUUUAGUUCAUUUUCGAUGUAUGGUUUUGACUGCUCCUCUUUUAUUUAGCCUAAUUUAGUAAAUCUUAAGUUUCUUGAUAUUUCUUUUAAGUUAUCAUCGAAGAAUUCAAUUUUUAAAUGUUUGAAUAAUAACAUAAGUACUAGAAUUACAACUAUAUAGGCGAGCGCCGAUUUGAGAAAAAGCCUCUCGUUAAGCUUUUUAAUGCACCUAUCGAACACACAGCUAAUUUUGGUAUCAAUCGAAAGAAAAACUUCUAGAGCAUACGAUUUGGGUGGUCGUCAAAGUUCCCUAUGGUCACGUUUCUUGCAAACCUCACGAGAACACAGACAUGUCGAAUUACUUUGGAUUAUACGGUGUUACUUAACAUUGCAUAUAUCGGCAUUGUUGUAAAAAUAUUAUUCGUUUUUAUCUAAGAUAGCUUUGAAUAUAUUCUAAAAAGACAUGGAAUCCAAUAAAAAGAAGAUUUUAUGAAAAAUUAGUUGAUUCUGAUGCAUCUGUUAGACCAACCCUAAAAUGUAA